GCGAAAUUCGUGAUGGUGACUGUCCAUCAGCAGUGGCAUGUCGGCGGGCGCUCCGGCGGAUGACCAGCGAAAGCAACAAAUGUUGAGUUUCCUCUCCAGGCUGCUUAGCCGUCCCGCUCUCUCCACCCCCAGCAGCGCACCGCCCUCCCCGAUCCCGGUGCAUUGCGUGCAGCGGGACACACCACUGGGCAGCGGGCCAUGCUUCCCGCAGCCAUUCUUCAACAACGACGGCUGCUGGGAGAGGGCAGCGAGGGCGCGGCAUUUCUCGCCAGCCGCCGCGAUACGGGGAGGGUGUGCGCGUUGAGGAAGGUGGCCAACAAAGUGCGGUACGGCCUUGACCAGCUGGGGCGGGAGCUGUAUGCGGACUCAUUUGAUCUGGUGCAUAGGGAGAUGAUGGUGUUGAGCCGCCUGCAUGGGGUCGACAAGGUGGUGCAGCUGAAGGGGGUAAGCACAUGGCUGCACUGACACAUUCAGGCACAGAAAGGGCACAGAAAAGGAGAUGGCAUAUCAUGGCGUGGCGUGUGUGGUUGGCAUCUGUCUGGGUGCAGGUUUAUCACAUGGAGGGGGCAUCCUUCUUCGAGCUAGAGUACCUGGCGGAAGGCUCGCUGUACACCCGGUGCGGUGGCCCGACGGCCAUCUACGUCGACAACUAUGGCCGCAGCACGGUGUCCGAGUCCCUCGCCAGGGAAUGGGCCCGCCAGCUCGUCACGGCCAACAAGGGCCUAAUAGCGCGGGGAGUAUACCACGGGUACCCAGCACACACACGUGGAUGCAGACAGCCGCUGCACAGGCGCACCUGGUCCGGCUCAUUCGGCAUGUCUGUCGCCAUUUGUGUCGCCUCUGUCUGCUGCAGAGACUACCAUGCCAACAACAUAAUGUUUGAGAGGGCGGGCAGCCAGGACCUCAAGAUGAUAGACUUCGGCAAUGCGCUCCUCUUCGACCCCUCGCAGGUACACAUCCACACACACACACACGCAAUACCCCAGCUGACCCCAUCGGCUCACAUCCCUCUGUGUCUGAUGUGCACACAGGGGAACACAUUCGUCCCUAAUAGGGCCAAUCUCAUUGGCUCGCCCUUCAUCCACGCGCCCGAGGUACCCACACGGCCGGGUGCAAGGCGACAUCAACACAGCCAUUCACACCGGAUGUGUGUGUUGUCUUGCGUGUGCAGACCUUCGUGCCCCACGGCGUGUUCGACGCCGAGAAGGCCGCCGUAUACGCCAUAGGGUCAGUGCACCUUCUAUUCCGCAUGGACACGGUGAAUGGUGGCGGCAUUGUGUCCAUGUGGUUCGUGUCGUCUGCCUGCAGUCGCUUGAUUAGGCAGCUCUUGUGCUGGGGCUACGAGAAUAUCUCUGAUACGUCAGCCUACGCGCCGGUAAGUUGGAGUGCUGCAAACAUUCCCCCUGUGGCCACGUGAAUGGGCUCUGUGUGUUUGUAUGUGUGUGUUGGUGUCACCUCAGCCCGUGUUUGGCCGCCGGGACUUGUCCCCGGAGUGCAUAGCAUUGCUGACGCAGAUGACGGAGGCCGACCCCACCAAACGCCCGACGCUGGACGAAUGCGCCGCCAGCCCGUGGUAAGUGACUCGACCACCACACGAGAAUGCGCCGAGUGGACGGGCCCUCACACCUCUAUGUGUGUCUUUGUCCAUGUGUGUCGGUCAGGUUUGUGCCGCCCCCGCCCACACGCACCCGCCCGGCACCGAGACGAAAGACCUGCUGCUGCUGAGCCAUCCUCUACCCCACUCCCCCUCCGCACUUCUCUCUCAUCUGACGGCCCUGAGAUCUCAAGCCGACGUCCACCUGACCUGACCCAAUCGAGUAGACAAGGGAGGCGCCAGGGUGUGGUGUUGUUGAUGGGGAGAUCUGCUUUUGCGUAUGUGUUCCGGGUGGUGGUGCUGGCAUGGUGCGGGUGUGUGUUUCCCUUGAUUGUACAGCCCCCCGGCUUUUUCGCCCCUCGUCUCCGUGCAUAGCUAGCGCGAGUGUGCGCAUGUCUGUGUGGUGUGGUGGCUUUCUGUCCGUGUGUUCCAUCCAGUCAGUGCCCCUGCGUGGAGCGUAUGGAUGCAUCGCAUCCACUGACGCACCGCCCGUGGCCGGCCGGCCACAGAGAGACCAAUGAAUGACCCACCCCGCUACCCCGCUUUGCCCCACCCAUACAGCGCUCUACUCCGUCUCUCUUUGUAUGCGAGACAUACGACUUCAUGGAAGGGAUGAUUGGUUGAUGACUAACUCGGCCUGCGUCAUGCGCCUGAAUGAGUGUGGGAAAUCUGAAUCCGACGACCAGGCUGAGUGUGGGCACCAAAACACACACGGGCUACCACCAGCCAGACGGUGCACGUAAUACACGUCCAUCA